AUGGCCCCGCGGAAGUUGAAUGUGCUGGUCUACAGCGGCACCGGCACAACGGUAGAAUCGGUCCGCCACGCCCUCUCCACCCUUCGCACGCUGCUGUCCCCCACCUACGCCGUCAUCCCCGUCGCCGAAUCCGCCCUCCUCAAGGAACCCUGGCAGGCAACCUGCGCUCUGCUUGUGAUCCCCGGCGGUGGCGACCUCGGCUACUGCCGUGUUCUCAACGGCCCCGGCAACCGCCGCAUUUCUGAGUAUGUCCGCCGCGGGGGUUCGUACCUCGGCUUCUGCGCGGGCGGGUACUACGGCUCCAGAAAGUGUGAGUUCGAGGUCGGCGACCGCACUCUAGAGGUCAUCGGCACCCGUGAGCUCGGCUUCUUCCCCGGUACGUGUCGCGGGGGCGCCUUCAAAGGUUUCGCCUACCACAGCGAGAAGGGGGCCAGGGCGGUCAAGUUGAGCGCGAAAGAGGGGUACGGGGACAGCAGGGAGGUGUUGAGUUACUACAACGGCGGCGGAGUGUUUGUCGAUGCAGCAAAGUUUGAGGGCGUGGAGGUCCUGGCCAACUAUGCUGAUGACAUUGACGUUGACGGGGGAGCGGGGAAGGCUGCGGUCAUUUACUGCAAAGUCGGCUCCGGUAAUGUCAUCCUCACCGGCCCUCACCCGGAAUUUGCGCCCGCAAACCUCGUCUCCCAACCUACGAUCCCCUCUUAUGAAUCUCUCAAAUCAGCCCUUCUCGCUGCCGAUGCCGCCCGUGCAUCCUUCCUCCAAUCCUGCCUUACCAAGCUCGGCCUUGAUCUCAGCGCCGGCCUCUCCGCUGCUCCGUCCCUCUCACGGCUGCACUUGACGUCGGCGAACCACACCGAGGUGGCCGAGAUGCUGCAAUCUUGGGAAGAAGCUAUUACCCGGACUGACGACAAGGAAGAGUACAUCCACGGCGAGCACGACGUGUUCCGCAUCGAGAAACACUCAACGCGGUUUGACGUGGACGAGCUGCGUGAGGCGCUGCCAAGCGACGGGGUCCCGGAUUACAACGCCGCAGUCAAAGUCGUUGUGCCGCAUGAGGAGGCGUGGCCGGACGUCAGGGAGACGCCGAGCUUCAACCACCGGCUGUUUUAUAACUCUCUGAAGGCAUACCGGGAAAAGGAGCCGACGGCGGAGGAGUGGGGUGACACUCUGCUGUACGGCGAGGUCGUGACGAGUACCAACACCCUCCUCGACAAAAACUCAAAACUCCUCUGUCAUCUCCCUACCGGCUUCACCCUUACCGCGUCAACCCAAGUCGCUGGCCGCGGUCGCGGUACGAACGUCUGGGUAGCACCGCGCGGCAGUCUCAUCUUCUCUACGGUCAUCAACCACCCAGCUCACCUUGCCGCAUCACACCCCGUGGUUUUCCUCCAGUACAUCUCCGCCAUUGCCAUCGCCGAAGCGGUACAGUCGUACGAUGAAGGAUGCGGUGACAUCCCCAUCAAGCUGAAGUGGCCUAAUGACAUUUAUUGCCGCGACCCCAGCUCUACAGCCGCAGACCCAUCCUACGUCAAAAUCGGCGGCAUCCUCUCCACCUGCAGCUACUUCCAGGGGGCCUACCAAUGCGUAGUCGGAAUCGGCAUCAACACCACCAACGAACGCCCGACAACGUCCCUCAACGCCAUCGCGCCCGCGAGCUUGAUAGGCGGCUUCCACCUCGAGACCCUCCUCGCGCGGAUCCUGACGCGCAUCGAGGCCGUCUACAACCAGUUCCGCCGCGAGGGCUUCUCACGCGAGCUCGAGGAGCGGUAUUACAAGCACUGGCUGCACUCCGGGCAGAACGUCACGCUCGAACAGGAAGCCGGGGCGCGGGCCAAGAUCGUGGGGAUCACGAGAGACUGGGGCAUGUUGAAGGCUGUCGAAGUCGACCGGGACGGGAGAGAGACGGGGAGAAUGUGGGCUUUGCAGAGCGACGAGAACAGUUUUGAUUUCUGGAAGGGGCUGGUAAAGAGGAAGCUGUAG